AUGGACACACCCUCUUCAAGCCCCGCCCUUGAGAUCGGUCAAUCGCUGCGCAGUCCUCAGCUUCAGCAGGAGUUUUUCAGAGAGCACCGCCGCAGGUUCUGUGACGACUGCAGCGAUGACUCCUCCCCCUCCGCUCCACUAAGCCCCUCCUCCUCCAGUCCCAGGUCAAGUCCAAGUCCAGGAUCCAGUUCCAGUUCAGCCCAACUUCUCUCCAGUCCCAGUCCUGGUCGGAGUCCCUGUCCCAGUCCUGCUCUGAGUCCCAGUCCCAGUCCUGGCCUGAGUCCUGGUCCCGGUCCAGGUCCCAGUCUGGCUGUUGUGGCUGAGCUCCGGACCAAGACCAGGUCGAGCCUCAAACCCGUCCGUCGAUCUAAAGGAAAGACGACCAUCUUCUGGGGACGAGGAAGUGACUGCAGACCUCAGCCAAUCACAAACCAGAGCAGCAGAGUUGAGAGCCAAUCACAGAGGGACGAGAGUGUGCGUAAAUGUAAAUAA